CACUCACGUGGUAGAAAUUUUAAAGGAUGAAAUGAUUAUAUCAAUGUCGUUGAGAUUCACCCUACACCUACCUCGCGUGUUGAAAAUUAAAAUUUCUCAUAUUUGUUUUUACAUUUCUAUAUGAUCAUUUUCAGGUUGGGGAAAGCCCUCUAUUACAGAGCUUAAUCAAAAAAGGAAAGGUUAUUCCUAAAAAUUAACGAGAGAUGGAUGAAGGCCAAUUAAAACAAAAAUCAUGAAUGACUACGUUUUGCGGCUAAGAAGAGGACAUGAAUUUCUAUCGUAGUCUAUCAACGAGAUCAGUAAUAAGGUCCACAGUAUUAUAUAAGACCUUUGCUCAAGUGGCUAAUAUCACAGUGUCUCCUGAUGUAACGAUUAUUCCUGCAAACCAGAACAAUGAAGGUCCUUUUCCACCUUGGAAUGUGCCUUGCACUAACACUCUCUGUAUCCUAUGGCUAUAAGUACCGUGGUGGAUACGGUGUUGGUGGAUACGGUGGUGGUGGAUACGGUGGCGGUGGAUACGGUGGCGGUCACGGUGGAUACGGUGGCGGUGGAAUAUACGGCGGACACGGUGGAGGAUACGGUGGCGGUGGAUACGGUGGCGGUCACGGUGGAUACGGUGGCGGUGGAAUAUACGGCGGACACGGUGGAGGAUACGGUGGCGGUGGAUACGGUGGCGGUCAAGGUCGAUACGGUGGCGGUAAAAAAUACGGCGGAUACGGUGGUGGUGGAUACGGUGGCGGUGGAUACGGUGGCGGUGGAUACGGUGGCGGUGGAUACGGUGGCGGUGGAUACGGUGGCGGUGGAUACGGUGGCGGUCAUGGUGGAUACGGUGGCGGUGGAAUAUACGGCGGACAUGGUGGAGGAUACGGUGGUGGUGGAUACGGUGGCGGUCACGGUCGAUACGGUGGCGGUAAAAUAUACGGUGGCGGUGGACACGGUGGCGGUCAUGGUGGAUACGGUGGCGGUGGAAUCGGUGGAGGAUACGGUGGCGGUGGAUACGGUGGCGGUGGAUACGGUGGCGGUCGUGGUGGUGGAUACGGUGGGGGUGGGUACGGUGGUGGUGGACACGGUGGCGGUUAUGGUGGAUACGGUGGCGGUGGAGGAUACGGUGGCGGUGGAGGAUACGGUGGCGGUAAAUACGGUGGUGGUGGAAAAAAAGGCGGAAUCGGUGGAGGUUACGGUGGCGGUGGAUACGGUGGCGGUGGACACGGUCACUUUGGACAUGGCGGUGGAAUCAUGGGCUGAUCUUGGAGCGGUUGAGCCAGAUAUUAUGAUGGUUACGGAUCGCAUACGUCAAUGGUAUUGGCUACGGUCGUCAUAAUCAACAUUGUCUUGAAAACAUAUCUGGAGCGUUUAUUUGAUUGUAAUGACGAAAAAUGUAUCUGAUAAUUACAUUGAUCAUCUUGUGUUUGUAAAUCUAAGUAUGAUUAACACUGUUUGUUUACAACUUUGCGUUACUUAAAAAACAUAAAACAUUUUAUUGUUUACAAACGUCCAGUUUUUAAUAAUUGGACUCAUAUAAUUUGUCUUUUUUUCUUUCAUCAUUACUAUAAAAAGUGUGUUUGUUUAUCUUUUUGAUCACAAUUUUUUAAACCAAUUUAAUUUACCAAGUCUCUAGAAAUGAAAUAUACCACACGCUAUGAUGCAUCUUGUAGUUUGCAAUUUUUGCAUCAAAAAUCUGAAUUAUAAGGGAGUUAACUCUUG